CAUUAAGGAAAGGAUAGAGAAAGAUAGUCAAAGGCCACGUUAGCUGCAGUGGGUUGGUUGAGGGUGGAUUAAUGACUGCGAAUUAUCAGGUGAAGUAAGGUGAGGGGGAAGAGUGAGCAAGUGUUGCUUAGUAUUCAAGACAAAAUAAUAACUUAGGGAUUAGAAAGGAACCCAAAUUCAACUUCUAAGAUCUGCAAAUUUAUUUGAUUUCAUGGUAUUAAUUAAUUAACAUCAUUAGAAACUGAAGUGUGAAGAAGAAGAAUAUGGCCGAAGAAAAAGAAUCAACGUCAAUUCCUCUGAGUCAAGCUGACAAUGCCUCUUGCGAAGAUCCCGAAGAUCCAGCCAAGUCUCCACCAUCCUCUCCCAACUCUUCCACUCGCAGGGCUUGCUGCUUUGUUCUUCAGAGUUGGGUCUCAAAGAAAUUUAUGACCGGAUGUGUAGUUCUAUUCCCAGUUGCAAUUACCUUUUUUAUUACAUGGUGGUUUGUUCAGUUUGUUGAUGGUUUCUUUAGUCCACUAUAUUCCAGUUUUGGCAUUGAAAUAUUUGGGCUGGGUUUUAUUACAUCGUUGGCUUUUGUAUUUGUUAUUGGUGUUUUUGUUUCGUCAUGGAUGGGUGCCACUGUCUUCUGGAUUGGAGAAUGGCUAAUAAAGCAAAUGCCCCUUGUUAGACAUAUAUACUCUGCAUCCAAGCAGAUUAGUGCCGCAAUUUCUCCAGAUCAAAAUACCACUGCCUUUAAAGAGGUAGCAAUUAUCUGUCAUCCCCGUGUUGGUGAAUAUGCUUUUGGCUUCAUUACAUCAACUGUUACUCUACAGAAAGAAAAUGAAGAUGAAGAGCUCUGCAGUGUUUUUGUCCCUACAAACCAUCUGUAUAUUGGUGAUAUAUUUUUGGUUAACUCCAAAGAUAUUAUAAGACCAAAUCUUUCCAUUCGAGAAGGCAUAGAAAUUAUUGUUUCUGGGGGAAUGACAAUGCCACAGUUGAUAUCUCCGGUGGAAAGAGCUGCUCGACCGAAUGAGAGAAUAUCUUUGAACAGAAUUGGUUAAAGGAAAGAACCUGCGGCUUAAGAUAUGACUUACCAUGCAUGGUUCAUGUGGUGUGAUUAGAUUGUAUUCUGAAUCUCCUAGUGCUAGAAUUUGUAUACGAAAAAAGUUAUUUAAUUUUUACAGUUUAUAUCAAAGUUCAUAGAGAGCAAAAUACAAUGUAGUUAUUACAAUAUUUGUGUCCUUUUCUUUUAGCUAUACUCUUUGCCAGCCUCCAUUCAUCCUCGGAGUUUGACACGGACUAAUUAGAAAUUACAUGUUUAAGUGGCCAAUAGGCAUUGCUUUUUGUCAUU